AUGUCCUCUUAUCGUUCCCUUCCUCAGAUGCAACGCCUCCUUGUUGUUGCUUUGAUUCUGUGUGGUUUAGCCGCAAUAGCAACAAAUGCCAGCACGAUCAAUAUUCUCAGAGGUAAACCCCAACAACAACAACAACCAAUAGGUUCUACAUCCGGUAAUCAGACUCGUCCAGGAACUUUUGAACGAAUUCUCAUCGUUAAUUUUGAAAAUCAGCCUCUCCAACUCACUCUUUUACAUGAAUACUUUAAUUAUGUGGCAUAUAAAGUCGGAUCCUUGUUGGGUCAAUAUUAUGCGAUUACUCAUCCCUCACAACCAAAUUAUUUAUGCCAAAUAGCAGGAGAUUAUUUCGGACAUAAUUCAGAUAGUAACGUGAAUGUGAAUGCCACCACUUUGGUCGAUUUGUUGGAAGCAAAGGGAUUGACCUGGAAGUCCUAUCAAGAAGAUUAUCCAAAAGCAAACUCUGGUACUGGAUCAUGUUAUGUUGACGCGAAUUAUCAAAAAUUGUACUACAGAAAACACAAUCCUUUCAUGACUUUUGACAACAUUAGAAAUAACCCAAAUAGAUGUCGAAAUAUUGUGUCUGCAGAGCAGUUGGAUAUUGACAUUGCUUCUGGAAAGCUUCCAAACGUGAUGUAUUACACUCCAAAUAUUGAUAAUGACGGUCAUAAUACUGGAUUGAAUUAUGCCAACGAUUGGUUUGCCAAGUGGUUGCCAUCAAAAUUGAACAAUCCAAAUUUCAUGAGAGGAACUUUGAUUUUUGUCACAUUUGAUGAAGAUGACUACUUGUUCGAAAAUCAUAUUUAUGCUGUUGUCAUUGGUGACAUGGUAAAGACUGGUAUUGAAGAUAGAAAUACUUAUAAUCACUACUCAUUGUUGAGAACUAUCGAAGAGAACUUCCAAUUAGGAACCCUUGGAAGAAAUGAUGCUACAGCCAAUUCUUUCACUUCAUGCUUCAAGAAUCAAUAA